CCAGUAAAGGAAUAUUAACUGAACUCUCGGAUCCUUCCCCCCAAGGACUUUGAAAGGAAUUACAUCUUUGUUCACAAGUCCGUCUCAGCCGUGAAGAUGGUGGGGCUGAAGCCUUCCGAUGUCCCCCCUUCCUUGGGAGUAAAGGUCCUCAGCGCUGGGACAGCAGCCUGCAUAGCAGACCUGGUCACCUUCCCUCUGGACACAGCCAAAGUCAGAUUACAGAUCCAAGGGGAGAAAGCCGCCGCAGAGGCCGCCAAGAACAUAAAGUACAGAGGGGUGUUUGGGACAAUCAGUACCAUGGUGCGGACAGAGGGGCCCAGGUCGCUCUACAACGGACUGGUGGCCGGCCUGCAGAGGCAAAUGGCCUUUGCAUCCAUCCGUAUUGGUCUCUACGACAACGUCAAAAACUUCUACACCGGCGGGAAAGACAACCCUGGGGUGGGGAUGCGCAUCCUGGCAGGCUGCACCACAGGGGCCAUGGCCGUGUCCAUGGCCCAGCCCACGGACGUGGUGAAGGUUCGCUUCCAGGCACAGAUGAACCUCCAGGGCGUUGAGCGCAGAUACAACGGAACUCUGCAGGCCUACAGACAGAUCUUCCACCAGGAGGGACUCAGAGGACUGUGGAAAGGUACACUGCCAAAUAUCACCAGAAAUGCUCUGGUCAACUGCACAGAGCUUGUGACCUAUGACCUCAUCAAGGAAGCCAUUCUGAGGCACAAGCUAAUGUCAGACAAUCUUCCCUGCCACUUUGUUUCGGCAUUUGGAGCUGGGUUCUGCACCACAGUGAUCGCGUCCCCAGUGGACGUGGUCAAGACCCGCUACAUGAACUCCCCGCCAGGACAGUACACGAGCGCGGUCAACUGCGCCUGGACCAUGCUCACCAAAGAGGGGCCCACCGCCUUCUACAAAGGCUUUGUCCCCUCUUUCCUGCGACUGGGUUCCUGGAACGUGGUGAUGUUCGUCUCAUUUGAGCAGCUGAAGAGGGCAAUGAUGAUGUCCAAGCAGAGAAUAGAGGCCACUACAUAAGUCAACCUUGCAGCUAAUGCCCGAGAGACAAAAAAAAAAGUGUUAUACAACAAUUGCCGCCCAUGGAAAAAAAUGCCACAAGGCAGCUCUGAGCUCUGGAGAGACGAUUCCUCAAAUGCUGGCGGAUAUGGCGCCCUGCAAGACACUUGUUUGCGAAUCUGCCUCUUCACUGUCUUUCACUGCCCAGAGUUGAUAGAGUAAUUACUAGAUAGUAAUAUGUCCUUCAUGACAAGGGUCCCAAGGUUAUGCACUUUUUCAACUGCGUAGACCAGGAACUGGUGAAUGAACAUGUUCUCAGGCUCUAACAUUAGAAUGCAAAACAGGGAUCCCUGUGGGUACAGCACUUGCUUUUAUUUAUAUUUAUUUUUCACAGUGCUUUCCAGGGCUGCCUUGCACAAACAGGGCCAGCUGUCUCUGGCAGUAUGCUUUCACAGUUUCUGGCUGUGAAUAUGCUUUUGAUGCUAUGGAACCUGUGUUUACGUCCUGUGCCCACACGACCCAAAUUCAUUCGCAGCGUCGCAAAACUCAAGAAUAAAUGGAGAUGCCGAUACCUUUCAAAGCACUUAGUGGCAUUUGCACCACUCUGCAUUGUACUGUCCGCUGUCUAAUUACAGUGCUGACAGCCCGAGGAACGAAAGACAAACAUGAGCAAUUCCAUUCACAAGAAAAAAAAAUGCUUUCUAUGCGCUCACAGUGCAAUGAAACAAAAUAUGGCU